CAGAAACCUUAUGCAUCAAAAUUCUACUGGUUUUUGGAAGGUUGAAAGUUGAUGCGCAGUAAUUACUAACAAGAAAAUCAAUUUGAUUUUGGUUUGGAAAGAAAAGCACUGAAUCCACCACAUUUCGCAUUUGAAUUUGAAUAUUGAAGAAGAUGAGUCAAGGAAGUGGAGGAGGAGGAUCUUCAUCUUCUCACUCAGUAGCCUUUCGUGUCAUGCGACUCUGUCGUCCAUCCUUCAACGUCGACCCUCCUCUUCGUAUCGAUCCCGACGACCUCUUCGUCGGUGAAGACCACUUCGAUGAUCCCUCCGCCCCUUCCUCCUCCGACCUCAUUGCUCCCGAUUCCGAUCCCAAUUAUCGCAAUAGAUUCCUCCUUCAACACUUCUCAGAUUCUAUGGGUCUCUCUGGUCUCCUCGUUCUCCCUCAAUCCUUCGGAGCAAUUUACUUGGGAGAAACUUUCUGUAGCUAUAUAAGUAUUAACAAUAGCUCCAAUUUUGAAGUCAGAGAAGUUAUUAUCAAGGCUGAAAUCCAAACAGAGAGACAGAGAAUACUUCUUUUAGAUACGUCGAAAUCACCAGUUGAGACUAUACGUGCUGGUGGGCGUUAUGAUUUUAUCGUCGAACAUGAUGUCAAAGAGCUUGGACCUCACACGCUGGUUUGCACUGCAUUGUACAAUGAUGGUGAUGGUGAGCGUAAAUAUCUUCCCCAAUUCUUCAAGUUUAUCGUUGCUAAUCCACUUUCUGUUAGGACAAAGGUCCGUGUUAUCAAGGAAACUACCUUUUUGGAAGCUUGUAUUGAAAACCAUACCAAAUCAAACCUUUUCAUGGACCAAGUUGAUUUUGAACCUGCUCAGCAUUAUAGUGCAACAAUACUUAGAGGUGAUGGGCCUCAUACUGAGAAAGAUAACACUGCAAGGGAGACAUUUAAGCCGCCAAUACUAAUAAGAUCUGGUGGAGGAAUCUACAACUAUCUCUAUCAAUUGAAGUCAUCAUUGGAUGAUUCUGCCCAAACUAAAGUUGAGGGAAAUAAUGUUCUUGGUAAACUCCAGAUAACAUGGCGAACAAAUUUGGGUGAACCCGGUCGCCUGCAGACCCAGCAGAUAUUGGGGACUCCAACAACAAAGAAAGAGAUUGAGUUGCAAGUUGUUGAAGUUCCAUCUAUCAUUAACCUUCAAAGACCAUUCACGCUAAAAUUGAAUCUUACAAACCUGACAGAGAGAGAGCUGGGCCCAUUUAAAGUUAGUGUAUCCCAAAAUGGUUCAUCUGGGGAGACCGCUGUUAUGAUUAAUGGCCUUCAAUCAAUGGUUUUAUCACAGAUUGAGGCUUUAGGAUCCACUAAUAUCCACCUGAAUCUCAUAGCUACAAAACCUGGAAUUCAGAAAAUAACUGGCAUUACAGUGUUUGAUACGAGAGGGAUGAAAUCUUAUGAACCACUUCCUGAUUUAGAGAUUUUUGUGGACAUUGAUUAAAAGCGUGGCCACAUGAACCAGUUUGGUUAGAAAUGGUUGACAAUGUCAUCUUUUCAAAAGGUUGAUCUGCUGAACUCCACAGGCCGUGUCCUAUAUCAUUGAUGCGCCUAAUCAGAUCGGCCAAGUCCCCAAUUUGUAGCCUUGAUACUUUCUAGGCUCAGAUUGCCUUCCAAGCCAGGGUCAAUGAAUCCUACAUGAUCACAAAGCCAUAUUGGACUGUCUGCAAACAUCUGUAACUUAAUUGUAGUAUUGUGUGGUUGAUUACGUGCUGUAAGAAGCAAAGUCCUUGCUUUUAUUUAUUGGUUCAAGGGGGAUGGUUGUUUUGAUUGUCAAAAGUAUAGAGCCAAUCUUUUGUGACAGUAUAUUUCUGCAACAGCUUAAUUGUCAUUCGCCUAUAGAAAGGUUUACAUCACAGUUUGUCAUAUUGUAGUAAAUAGUCAAUUACAAUGAUAUGCAAGUUAUCACGAAAAUAUUAUCAA